UCGGGGGACCUCCUCACCUUCCUUCCUCCGGAGAAGUCUCAAAGAUGACGGCCGCUUUCAGCCGCCCACCCACUGUGUUCGGCUCCCCCAUAUCCUCCAUCUUCCACCUUUUCCUUGUGCUCUCCUCUCAAUUCUCAAUCAAGCCGAGUCUUGUCUUGUCCCUCCCUUAAUCCCCUUCCUUCUCCCACCUCCCAACCUCCCUCCUCAGUUCACAUCACCUUUGCUUCGCUUUGGCUUGCUUUCGUGCCGUCCAUCAACGCAAGAAGCCAGCAGGUUCAAGCAACCCUCCAGUUUCAACAACGCAAGAACCUAUUGCGAAAAGAAACCGUUGGUAACAGCAAGCCGAGGCGAGGAGAAAUCCAGCUGAGGAUUAACUUGCAGGAGGCUAAGGGAUCUCAGAAGCUGCCGUCGCCGCGGACGCCGAGGGAGUAGCAGCCAUGGUGCGGAGCAAGGAGGCGCCCAAGAAGAAGCCCAAGGACCCGCUCCUGACGCCUCCGUCCAAGCCCAGGGGCGGCGGCUUCCUGGCCGAGCCGGGCCGCCCGUGGAGCCGCGGCGGCGCGGCCAUGUCGCCGGUGCCCAGCUACAUGAGGGGCACCAGCAGCUCCGACGCCAAGGCCGGGCGCCGCGCGCGGCCGGUGGCGCCGGUGUCGGCUUCGGCGUCGCCAGCGCGGCGGAUGACGGUGGCGUCGGUGCCGGCGUCGGCGUCGCCCGCGAGGCGGAGGCCGGCGGUGCGGGUGCUGACCAGGGGGAAGGUGCUGUUCCCGGAGGAGGCGCCCGGCUCUGGCUCCGGCUCCGCCCUGGGCCGCGCCACGUGCUCGUCGACCAUGAAGGAGGCCAAGUUCCCCGACGCGCUCGACCUCGCGCCGGGCGCCACUGACGCCGAGGGCCCCGCGGCGCUGCGCGUGUGCCCCUACACCUACUGCUCCCUCAACGGCCACGCGCAUCACUCGCCGGCGGUGCCUCUCCGGAGCUUCCUCGCGUCGCGCCGCCGGCUCAUCAAGACGCAGCAGAGCAUGAAGCUCAAGGGCGUCUCGGCGUUCCGCAAGAAGUCAGGGGAGAAGAGCAUGAGCGGCGGCGGCAGCGGAGGUGGAGGCGCGAAGAUCGCGCCUUUGAUCGACGAGGAGGCCGUCGGCGACUUCUUCGUCGAGGUGUACGCCGGCCCGAGGGUGAGCUCGGACAUGAGCUGCAGCGACAUGUCCCUGGACGAGAUGUACUCCACGGUGCGGAGGAUGGAGUUCGUCGUUUUCGAUCGGUGCGGCGCGGACGAGGACAGCGAGAAGGGCAAGGAUCUUGUUGUCUGCGAUGAUGGUGACCCUGAGCCUCACCUGAAGUUCCAGGAGAAGCACGGUGCCAUCAGGGAUAGCUUGUCAGAGUGCAGCGGAGCUGACACUGGCAGUGAUUUUGUCGAGGAGUUGCCAUGGCUGAGGUACCACGGAUACGAAUACGAUGAUAGCUUGGAUGAUGAGAUCGCGGAAGAACAGAGGAUGAGAGAGGAGGCUGGUGGGGUAGAGAUUUCUGGGGAGCAUGAAGAGGAACAAGGAAAGUCUGGUAGAUCAGCUGCUGAAGAUUUCAAAGAAGAUGCUGCUGAAGAACUGGAAAAUGAUGAUGUGGAGAACACCUCUAAUUUGGCCUGUGGAGCAGAGAUCAUCGCAGAUCAAGAUGUUGCUUGCAGAUUGGAGGCAUGGCAGGAGCCCGAUGGAAGAGAUGAAGAGCAGCUCUCUGAAGAUGUCUACAAAUCAGAGAUUCCUGACCAAGAAGUAACAGGAGGUGCCAAUACUAUCCUGGAAGAAAGCUGCAAAGAGGAGACUUUCGUGGAUCAAGAAGCAAAUGAUGAUGUGUGCAGCGUGGAAUCUGAUGGCGAAUCAGAGGUCACCCAGGAGCAGGAUGCAGAGGAUGAAGAAAGCACGCCAGAUGAUGACUCUGAGAUGGAGAUUUCUGAGAAUACUAUCUCUGGUGAUGGAUGCAGAGAGGAUUUCUCCGAGGAAGUAACCUCCAGAGCUGUCCCAGAAGAUGAUAGCACUGCAGACAAUGAACAAUAUGUCGGCACUGUGGAUGAUGCAUUUGAACAAGACGGCACCCCUGCAAGUGGCCACAAUGAUGCUCAAAAGGAAUUUUGUAUCACAAGAAGCAAACUUGAGGUCAUCUCUGAAGAAACUGCUACAGCUCAGCAAACCUAUCAAGAUGGCUCCAUCAAUGACAUGGUUCCAAAGGAAAUGGAAAUUACCACAUGCAAAUUGGAAGAAGCUUUUGAAGAAUCUGGUAAUCCCCAAGAAAGCAACAGGGGUGGUAUCUCCACAUGUGUCGAUGAUGCUCAAGUGGAACUGGAUAUUACCACAUGCAAGUCGAAGGAUGCUUCUGAAGAAUCCAAUGCCACUGAAAAAAGUGGGCUAAAUGAUAAUGCAGAGAAUGUUACAGAAGGUGCUGAAAUGGGUCCAGAAAUUACCAAAUGCAAUUUGGAAGAUGCCUCUGAAGAAUCUGGUACUGAUGAAGACACGGCAGAAGAUGAUGAAUCUGCAUGUUACAGUGGUGACACUCAAAAUGAUUUGCAAACAACCAAAUGCAUAUCACUAGACACUUCCAAAGAAUCUGCUAUCGCUCAAGAAGCUGAUCAGAGUGUAAUUCAAGAAGAUGAGGAUGGGAUCAAAACUGCAGGUGGUCAAAAUAAAUCUGAAAUUACACCAUGUGAAUCAGGAAGUGCUUCUUUAAAACCUGCUAAGUCUCAUGAAGCUGAUGGAGAUAUUAAUAUCACACAUGCUAGUUAUGGUUUGCAAAAGGAUACUACCAUGCCAAAACUUGAUGCUUGUGAAGGUAAUACUGCCACUGAAGAAGCAGGUUUGCAAAAACUUGAUGCUUAUGAAGAUAUUCGUGCUACUGAAGAAGCAGUCCAAUCUUCGCAAAUACCAGCAGAUUUCGCUGAUGCAAAAGAACCUUCUAUUGAUGACAUAUGCGGUGCAUUCAGCGGGAUGAACCUCAAGGGAGAUGUAUAUUUUGAUCCUGCCGAGUCAGCCACAUGUCCAAGGAAUAAACUGAUCAUCUCCAGGAGGAGGAGAACGCCCGAAGAGGAGGAAUACCUGCGAGGUUUCAAUCCGCGAGCACCGAACUUUCUUCCUCUGGAGUUGGAUCCAGAUGCAGAGAAGGUUGACCUGAAGCACCAAAUGAUGGAUGAGCGGAAGAAUGCAGAGGAAUGGAUGAUCGAUUAUGCUCUUAGGAGGGCAGUGACAAAUUUAGCUCCUGCUCGAAAGAAGAAAGUGGAACUUCUUGUCCAGGCCUUUGAAACCGUCCUGCCGCAUGAUGAGGAUGAUAAGAAAAGCAUCACACCCACAAGGCCUGUCCAAGCCUGCAACUGAUGACACUAGAGUUAGUGGUUACACUAAUAGCGAUGUUGACGCUCGCAAGCUACUAACUCGGAGGUCACUGCAAUAUUAGUGCCAGUGACCUGCUCCAAGUUUGAAUGAGAGAGCUGCUUACUAAUUGCUAGGGAUAACUAGAGAUCCUCUAGCUGAGUUGUUUAAGAGGAGCUCACUCUUGCUCCACAAUGAAGGCUUACUGCUUACUACUGAUCAGGAUAUUCGUAUCCAGUUGCUGAGUGGCAAAAGGGAAGCUUACCAGCUUGAGCUAUGUAAUUUAAGUGUGUAUAUGUCUCGUGUGCUAAUGUCGUCUGAUAUUGUACUGACGGCUCUGUGAGGCUUGAAAACUGUCGAGGGCGAUGAGAUGCCCUUUGGCAAAGAUCAAAUAAAACUCAUCUUGAGUGCACAACUGUUUCUACUGAAGAUGAUUCUGUGUAUCAAUUGCAGCCCAUAUAACGUGUUUGCAUUUGUAAA